AUGGGGAGCAAUAGCAGCCACUCCGUCACUCCUACAAUCAACCUUGCCUCCGUCAGCAGCUUUAUUCAACCUAUGAAGGUGACCAAAUGCAUAAUCGACGACGAGCCUAUGUUCAAAGAUCUUAUUCUACUCCUCGCGCUCGGUAGCAAGACGACUAACGAGCUUAACAUCACCACAUCCUCUGUACUCAGGAUGGCAACGCACCCCUUUGACCCCAACUUCACCGACAAGGUAAUCAACGCGAUGGGUCCCAUGACACCACCACGUCUGCGCCAGCUGAUGACCGGGCUCAUCAGACAUGUGCACGACUUUGCGCGUGAGAACGAGCUGACGGUGGACGAGUGGAUGGCGGGCGUGGGGCUGCUCAACUGGGCCGGGCAGAUGAGCGACGACAAGCGGAAUGAGGGACAACUGCUGUGGAAUGUCAUUGGGUUGGAGAGUCUCGUCGAUGAAAUCACAUUCACCCUCGCCGGCGAAGCUCACGACGCACCGGCUGCCACUGCAAUCUGGGGCCCGUUCUUCCGCGCUGACACGCUAUGGCGCCGGAACGGGGAGGAUAUUGUGAAAACGAAGCCGGCUGAUGGCAAGAUGGCAUUUAUGCAUGGGCAGGUACUCGAUUUCGUGAGCAAGAGGCCGCUCGUCGGGGCAACGGUUGAAGUGUGGCAGGCUUCGACGAAUGGAUUGUACGAGCAGCAAGAUCCUGAGCAGGAGGAGUUUAAUCUGCGCGGUAAAUUUAAGACGGAUGAGGAGGGUAGAUAUUCGUUUUAUUGCUUGAGGCCGACGCCAUAUCCUCUCAUCCAGCUGAUGGAUCGGCAUCCCUUCCGGCCUGCUCAUAUUCACAUCAUUGCUACACAUGAUGGCUACCGUUCUCUCACUACGCAAAUUUUCGACCGUAAGGACAAGAACGUGGACAGCGACUGCGUCUUCACGGUCAAGAAUUCUCUCGUUGUCGAUUUUGUGCCCCGCACGGGCGAUCCUCAGGCUGGUCUUGAGCUGCACUACGAUAUCAAGCUUGUGUGCGAUGCUACCGAUGGUGCAUAG